AACACAAAUCGAAGAUCUAUAUAAAAAAACACGCGCAGGCAAAUGAGACUUGGGGGAAAGCACAAUCGUUUUCCUUCCACUCCUCACUAGCGACUCCUUGCAAGGAGCCGAUCCCAGCCUGGGAAGUAUUUCAGACUUGAGAGACCACAACAAAAGUGCGUGGAGCAGCUGCAACGAGACUAGCAGCCUCCGGCAUGCCAAAGGACCUAUUUAGGAGGCGGAGAGAGUUAUAUUUCAGUUUUCCCAUCAUGCCCCCUCUCCCGGCCCGGGUCAGUGCAGUGGGGCGCAGAGCUGUCCCUCUGCCUAGCUUUCUAGUUUCACAGGUCGCCAGACAAGGAGCUGCGUUGCUCUGCCUGCCUCGAGAGCUAUGUGGAAUUUUACUAUUGUAGCACCUGAAGAUGGAAAGUUGGUCUGUUGAUCAAGUCUGCAACUGGUUGGUGCAGAGAAAUUUAGGAGAAUUAGUUCCUAAGUUUCGUGAGGAAGAAGUUAGUGGAGCAGCUCUUUUGGCUCUUAAUGAUCGUAUGGUACAGCAGCUAGUGAAGAAAAUUGGACAUCAGGCAGUAUUAAUGGAUCUGAUUAAUAAAUACCAGCAACAGAAUAAUGGACUAGAAUCUUUCACUUGCAGUUGUGAAAUAGUUCCUCCAAAGUCACCAGAAGCAAAUAGUGGCACCACGGGUGUCCAGGUAUUCAGUACUUUUGAUUCUACGGAGUGGACAGAUUAUAUCUCUCCAACUGAAAAGUAUGAUGGUGGAUUAAUUGACCGAAGAGUGCUAAAGCAGAAAAAAAAUAUGAAACAUGUUUUUGCAAGAUGUGAAACAGUACAAUGGACAAACUCAUAUGUUUUACCAGAGUUUCCUUAUGAUGUCCAGUGCAUAUUAGCAGAAAGGAAAUGUCCUGACCACAGCAUGAGAAUAAGGAUUAUUGAAUUCUUACAAGCGGAUAUGACAAAAUACUUAGAAGGAUCACUAUAUCCAAACAGUCAGCAGUAUAAUGUUGUCGUCAAUGCAUUGCUUCAGGCAUAUCCAUUCCUUGAUGAUGAUGGGAAUGGCUUUUUGCUAUGGAAACGAGCCCUUAAAGAUCGCUUCAAAUAUGUACGGAGACCAAUUGAAGAUGAUGAGCAGGUUAUGAGGAACAAAUGCAAGUUUGGUCACCGGCGAGGACAGACAAAGAAAUCUGCUUCUGAAAAAGAAUGUGAUGAAAUCCAAACGGUGCAGAUAAAAGAAGAGAUUGUUUAUCUUGAAGGACAUGACACUGAGAUGGAUGAACAUAUUAAUUGGUUUAAGCAAGAAUAUAUGAAAACAGAGAGGAACUGGGAAGAAAUUGAUAAAAGAAUGAACAAGACAUUAGAAAUGCGAAGAAAGAUGAUCAGUAACAAGACACCUUUAAAAGAGAUUCUCCGAGUGUUUCCCUUCUUAAGAUGUCCUUAUGAGCUUUUUAGGGAAUUCCAGCUUCUUACACAAAUGGAUGUUUAUAAGAAAACAGUUGAAAUUUUGGAGGUUUAUUCAGAAAACAUAUUGACUUUGUACUCCUUGAGAAAUAAUCCAAUUAUUGUUAUGCUGCGAGAAAAUCUGAAACAGCACACAGAGGAAGACAUUCUGAAAUAUAUGAAAAUGACUGCCACAUGUUUACUUCUGCCAGAUGUCUUUGGAGAUGAUUCCAGUCUGUUUGCUGCUGUGAAUGAGGAGGUUAAAGUGUUAACACCGGUCUUGGAAGUAAAAAAUCCGUUCAGUGUUAAUACAUGUGAGUUUGCUUUGUAUGUAGAAAAAGAGAAACUGGCCCAGUUGGAUGAUUGUACUAUGGCUCUAGCUGCUCUGUUGGCUGCAUUUCACGUGUUUGGUAUCCAGUGUCCAAGAAGGAUCCACAACACAUUUAACUUUCUAGAAUCACUGAUUUUGGAGAUGAAAAGUCCACAAUCCCUCCCAAAGAAAGUAAAGAGAGAAUCGGAAGAACUUGCAUGUCUGAACAUUCAGUGACAUCAGAAACACUAGUCUCAGGGGGAAUGUCUUUUGGAGCAGUUGACUCUUUGUGAGAAGAAAUCCUUUGUUGUGAAGAUAAAAGUUGGUGUAAUUCUUUCCAGUGGAAUUGUAUUAAUAUUUAUAACUCAACUAUGGUUUUUUAUUGUACUGGCUUUUCUAGUUUUUAAAACAUGAGCAUUUUCAUUAUUUUCAAUGGAAAUUCUAGAGCAACUUUAGUCUUACUUAAUUUUAUAAAUUAGAUGCACUUGUGGAAGAGUUUGUUUUUUCCAAAAGAGCUUUUUAUUCCUCUUGGAACAAGUUUUGGCUAAGUCAAAGGUAAGAAACAUACUUUGAUUUAAUUUAGUAAACAUUUUGCUGCCUCUGCUGUUAUCCCAGAAUUGGGAAGUAUAGAUCAACUAUUACAAAAAUUACAGUUAAACCGUUCAGAUGUUAAUACAUUUUAAGAACUUCCAACUCCCUUCAUUAGCUGCUAAAACCAACCAAACAUACAUCAGUAGCAGUUUUAAGAACAAACCAAACUCCAAUCACUUUUUUGGCUGUACAUCCACGAUGGGCCCAGAUGGAAAGCGCUUCUACCAUCUUUUGACACCCUUUACAGUUCAAGCUGGAAAAUUACACAAACAAUGCACUAGUGGUUACGUUUACUCACUUGGAGAAAAACGUUAGACCUGAUGGAAUUCAUGUUGUUCCUUUAAAAAGAAGCAACAAAAUUAUGUUCUUUUCGAACCACUUUUUCAUUCAUGAGCCAUUUGCAACACUUAAAGGUGGCAAAAAUUCACAUUCAUUUUGGUCUGGGCAGAUUCUGACCAUGUCUUUUACCCACCACUCUUUGUGGAACAACAUGGCUGUGUCUAGACUGCAUCCCUUUUCCGUAAAAGGGAUGCAAAUUAGACAUAUCGCA